AUGUCUCCAAUCUCUUUGACUCAUCUACCACUGGGCAACGUCCCUAAGAUUGUGAGUACUGACCCCCCCUCGAUGACAGCCUGGGAUUCCAUCAAUGCAUGGUACCAAAAGGUCGUUGACAACAAAGGAGAGAAGAAGACACUUUUGACUGCAGCAUCGUUCAUCAUGAUGGCAUGCAGAUUCAUUAAUCUGCGUGUCCAGAAGAUGACCAUGGACGAGUCGGCUCCGCGCUUGGCGGCCGGCUUAGUUAUUAAAAAGAUGCAAGAAGUCUCGGGUGAGUUCAAGAAGAUGCAGGCUGUCACUGAUUGGCUUGGCCAGAGAAGCUCACUAAAGGCAUCGUUUGAUGUUGGCACCGUAAUGUAUAACACUGUGUAUCAACAGAAACAUCAUUAUGGGGCAACUCAACCUUUAUCAAAAGGGAUAUUGCUCCCAAUCCACCGAGUCUGGACUUUGAUCUCUCUCAUGAUUGAGAUCGCGCCAGAGCCUCUGAUUGUGAAGAGCAGGGAUGUCAAGGACAAGCUGGCUUGGCUUCAAGCGCAAUUGGACGAGUCGUCAAAGCGGCUCGGUCAAGAUACCGAGGAUGACAAGAAGAGCAAGAAGGUGAAGACGGCGAUCGGCGAGAUCUUAAAGCGCAUCGAGGUCAUCCAUCCUGAUGACCUUGAGAUCAUCAAGCGCUACGACAACAACAUCGGUGUCGUUCCAACCGAAGGUUCUGUCAAGAACCGCUCGGUCGUUACGGCAUAUGAUGUGUCGACGCUAUCUCAAGGUCAGUGGGUUAAUGAUGUUGCCAUCGAUGCGCAUUUGACGUUGGUCUGCCAUACCUUCAAUGGCCUUUUUCAAGGGGGUGACGAGCUUCCAAAGUCCCCCAAGUAUCAUGCAUGGAGCGUUACAAUGAGUGAUUACCUGAAAGGAAGGGUAGAAGCGUUUGAGGAGAAACAUCUCCGACGAGAAUGGCCUCCUGCACGUUUCCCUGACGCGGCGUUGGAAGAUGUCUCUUGCCACAUUUUCCCGAUCCACGUCCGAAAGAACCAUUGGAUCUUGAUGGUGCUUCAGAAGAUGGGAGAUGGGCAAUGGACCCUUUUUCAUUACUCAAGCUUGCCUGGGUAUGACAAAGACUUUGAGGAGCCUUGGCAGGUCAUUUCCUCCUGGUUGCUCUUCAAGUCCAAGGGCACCCUCAACGUGACAAGAACUCGAGUCAUUGUGCCUAACCCGCAACCAACCCAGGACAAUGACAGAGAUUGCGGGGUUUUCGUGUGCGGGAUAGUACGCUGGUCUCUUGCGGACUGGGACUUGUCGACGCUGACCCCAAGCAUCAUCCCAGAGUAUCGUCGUCGCAUGAUGCUUGAGCUUGAGAAUUGGAGACUUAGUACCAACAGACUUUAA